UUGUCUUGUCUUGUUUUGGUUUUGGAAUCUAAAUUCUAAAGAUCUAACUAAAUUGUGUUUCUUUCUUUACUUGAGGAAUUGUUAAAUUGAUAUCCCAUUUUGGGUGUAAAGUAAAAUUAUAUGUAAUCAAGUGUAAUCAAAUGGACGUAGACGUAAUACAAGAAAAUUGCGAGGAGACAUGUAAAGUAGAAAUUGAGUAUAAUGACUUAACCGACUCUGCUCCUUUAGAGGGCUUUAAAUGUGAAAUUAAGGAAGAAAACAAUAGUCAACAUGGCACAUAUGAUUAUUUAGACUUAGAAGAACAUCGCAUCAAAACUAAAAUUGUAGAAAAACAUGAGAAUAAACUUAACACAUUUGAAGAAAAUCAAAGAAGUGAAAAAGAUUUUCUCCAAGACAACAAAAUGGGAAUCAUGGAGCCACUAAUUGAACAUUCAUCUCACAAAGCAAAGUAUAUGAAUCUACAUGCUAAAGAAAAAACAUUAACUAAACAUAUGGAAGUGGUAUCUGGAAAAAGACCUUACAAAUGUGAAAUUUGUUUUAAGCAGUUUACUAGAUCAAGUUCUUUGAAAACACAUUUGACAAUACACACUGGAGAAAAACCUUACAGGUGUGAAAUUUGUUUUAAGCGAUUUAAUCGAUCGAGUGAUUUGAAAACACAUAUGAGAGUACACACUGGAGAAAAACCUUACAAGUGUGAAAUUUGUUUUAAGCAGUUUACUACAUCAAGUUCUUUGAAAACACAUUUGAGAAUACACACUGGAGAGAAACCUUACAAGUCUGAGAUUUGUUUUGAGCAGUGUUCUCAGAAAAUUAACUUGGAAAAUCAUUUGAUAGUGCACACAGAAGAAAAACCUUAUAAGUGUGAAAUUUGUUUUAAGGGAUUCAUUCGAGCAAGUGAUUUUAAAAGACAUUUGAGAUUGCAUACUGGAGAAAAACCACACAAAUGUGAAAUUUGUUUUAAGCGAUUUUAUCAAUCGAGUGAUUUGAAAACACAUAUGAGAGUACACACAGGAGAAAAACCACACAAAUGUGAAAUUUGUUUUAAGCGAUUUAAUCGAUCGAGUGAUUUGAAAACACAUAUGAGAGUACACACUGGAGAAAAACCACCCAAAUGUGAAAUUUGUUUUAAGCGAUUUAAUCGAUCGAGUGAUUUGAAAACACAUAUGAGAGUACACACUGGAGAAAAACCUUACAAGUGUGAAAUUUGUUUUAAGCGAUUUAAUCGAUCGAGUGAUUUGAAAACACAUAUUAGAGUACACACUGGAGAAAAACCACACAAAUGUGAAAUUUGUUUUAAGCGAUUUAAUCAAUCAAGGGAUUUGAAAAGACAUGAGAGUACACACUGGAGAAAUGCCUUACAAGUGUGAAACCUGUUUUAAGCAGUUUUCUCAGAAAAUUAACUUGGAAAAUCAUUUGAUAGUGCACACAGAAGAAAAACCUUAUACACCGAGAGAAAAAAAUUCUUGACGUAAAGAAACUUUAUUAAUAUUUAAGAAAGAUCGACUUGGCAUAUUGCCUAAGAAAUAUAUCUUUGUAUGUAAGAUAUAAUUUUCUAAAAUAUUUCAAAUAAAUUUUAAUUAACCCAAAGAAAUAUAUCUUAAACAUGGUUGAACUAUCACUUUCUUGCAAACUGCAAAUCCGUUUGUCAGAAAGAAAUUAUACUUGUCAUAAGAAUAUAUUUUCUUGGCAUUACAAAACUCUUCUUUCUGAGAAAUAAUAUUUCUUAGUAAGGAAUAUUGUUAUCUUACCAUUAUUAAUUAAUGUAUUUAAUGUUAAGAAAUAUAUUUCGCAGAAAUAAUUGUAUAUUUAGAAUUAAGUUACAUUUCUUAAAAAUAAAGUGAUAUUACAUACGGCGAAGUAAAUCAUUCUGUUAAGGUAAAAUUAUUCUUUAUUAGAUAAUAAAAAGAGGAUAUAAAACGUUAGAUAUUAAUACAUACAAAUAAUUUCUUCACUCUUAAACCACUGGCUUCUAUACAAUAAUAAAAGGAUGGAGAGGCAAAUCCAACUUCUUUAAUUUUUCCUUAUUUUUGUUAAUAGCACUUUGUAUAUCAGCAAUUACCUAAAACAAACCCGUUAUGUAGAAAGAGUAAACUUAUUUUAAAAACAAAUUUAUAAGGAUAUAAGUACAUACUUAUUUUGACAAAAGGAAAUACAAAAAAAAAACAAAUACACGGGCCCACAUAAAAACUAUUAAUUUUUUGGUAUAAGAACGGUAGGUAUCAGUAACAGUAGUUCAAACAUGGCUUUAUUUAUCCUACCAUCUUUGUUAAUUUUUUUCUUUUUGUAUAUGAAAUAUUAAUUAUUUAUCUGUAUAAUAUUAAGUCACACAAUAGACAUUGUUUAGCUAAAACAAGAAGAAAAAUACAACCAAUGUAAAACAUUUAAGCAGACAUAAUAUGUAAUUUUAUUUAUUUAUAUAAUCCAAAAGAUACAGGAAACCUAAUCAUUAAGAAAUUUUAUUACGGGAAAGUAUUAUUAGGUUACAUCUUAAGUUAUUUAAUACAUAUUAACUAAUUCACGGUUUUCGGCAAUAAAAGUUCUUAACCGUUAA